GUUUGUUGUUGAUGAUGAUGACGUGUACAUACAGUGAGUACAAGACUACAAGUCAAUUAAUUUAUAAAAAUUAUAAAUAAUAUAAGAAAUAAAUAUGCAACGUCCUUCAUUCACACUUAUUCUGUCAGGAAUAUUCAUUGGCUAUGUGAUAUAUGCAAUAUUUGGAAUAACACAAUUAUUUAUGCCACCAAAUUGUGAAUCAAAUGAACCAUGUUUAAAAUCAUUUUUAAAAAAAACAUCAAAACUUCAAGCUCACAUGUUUAUUUCAUCAAAUACUAAAUCUGGUGAAGUACAUAAUUUACAUACAACAAAUUUUGACUAUAAAAAUCCAUUGUCAAUACCAGUUCAAUUGGAGUUACCAAAUAAAACACGACAAAAUGGAACACUUUUUCUUCAUAUAAUUAUUGUACCAGAGUCAAAGAAAAAUAAUGGUCAAACAUUUAAUCAACUUCAACAGAACCCUCAUAUGGUUUAUACAAGAAUUAAGCUAACACAAUUUGCUAUACCACAAGCAGAAACAUUUAAUUUAUUAGGUGAAAAUAAUGAAAAUCCAUCAAUUAAAAAAAAUAGAGGUAAAACAAUAUCUCAUUUACGAAGUAAAGUUACAUUUAUUAUUGUAACUGAUAUUAAUGAGCUUCCAAGUAAUAAAGUGCCUUAUGAAAUAAGAAACAGUAUAAGUAUAACAGAUGAUGGUAAAUUUUUGCCAAUUGUUGAGUAUGAUUUUCUUCAAACUCGUUUGAAAGAUUUGGUACAAAUUAAACCAGAUGAUAGAGUUAUGAAUUUGACAAUAAAUUAUGCUCCAAUAUCAAUUGGACACUUGAGAUUGAUUCAACAUUUACGUGGUACUUUGGAAGCUUUUAAAAAACUUGGAUUUUCUGAUAAAGAUGUUGAUGAUAUCAAGGGAAUUUAUGCUGAUACUAAUUUUUAUUUACUGACUGUUACAAUAUUUAUUGCAUCAAUUCAUUUUCUAUUUGACUUUUUGUCUUUCAAAAAUGACGUUAAUUUUUGGAGAACAAGAUCAAGUUUUGAGGGUCUCAGUGUAUCAUCAAUUAUCUGGAGAGGAUUCAGUCAAUCUGUUAUAUUUCUUUAUCUUCUGGAUGAACGUUCAUCAAUGCUAAUUUUAAUACCAGCUGGAAUUGGAACACUCAUUGAGAUGUGGAAAAUAAAAAAAGUAUUGAGAAUUAAAAUAUCAAGAGGUGAUGGAUUAAUUCCAUCAAUAAAAUAUGAAAAUAAAAAACAAAAUGAUGAAACACAAACGAGAAAAUUUGAUGCUGAAUUUAUGCAAUAUUUAUCAUAUUUACUUUAUCCACUUGUUAUUGGUGGUGCUGUUUAUUCAUUAAUUUAUCAACCACACAAAAGUUGGUAUUCUUGGACAAUAAAUUCAAUGGUUAAUGGAGUUUAUGCAUUUGGAUUUUUAUUCAUGUUACCACAAUUAUUUGUUAAUUAUAAAUUAAAAUCAGUUGCACAUUUACCAUGGCGUUCAUUUAUGUACAAAGCAUUUAAUACAUUUAUCGAUGAUAUUUUUGCAUUUAUUAUAACAAUGCCAACUGCUCAUAGAGUUGCUUGCUUCAGAGAUGACAUUGUUUUCCUUGGCUAUUUAUAUCAAAGAUGGCUUUAUCCAGUUGAUAAAUCUCGUAUUGAUACUGAAACAAUUGUUGAAGAACCAACAACAGGAACAAUCAUCAGUAAAAAAAUAUCUGAUAAAAAAAUUAAUUAAAACAAAUAGCAAAUUUUUAUUUGUUUUUAAUUUAUAAAUAUUUUAAAAAUCAAUUAAAUCGAGUCUUUCAAUUUUUAAAUUAUUUACAUCAAUGAAAAAUUUAUUUAAUAUUUUUUUUCAUUUACAAUGUUGUUAUUUUUUAUUUUUCAAAUAUUAUUUAACAUGAAAAAUUAAAUAAAACAAAUUUUACUUAA